AUGUCUUCGUUUGCCCGUUUCUGGCAGAACAACGCCGCCAAGCGCCCGCUGGUCACCCUAGCAUUGACCAACGGAGCGCUGGCUGGCAUCGGCGACUUGAUCGCCCAGUACAUCACACUGCCCACCGACCCCGGCCCCAAAAAGGCUUCAUUCCUCGCCAACUACGACGCAGUCCGGACACUGCGCUUCUUCACCUACGGCUGCAUGUUCGCCCCUGUCGCUCACAAAUGGUACUCGCUGCUUGACCGGCGGUUCGCAUUCCCAGCUGCGGCAAAGUCUGUGCACCAGAACAAGGCUGCCAUGCUGCUGGUCACUGGCAGGCGCGUGGCGGCUGACCAGAUCAUCUUUGCACCAGUCGCCAUUGCUGCCUUCUUUGGUGUCAUGGGCACAAUGGAGGGCAAAACUAUGAGUGAGCUGAGGCAGACCUUCCGCGACCGCUAUCCAGAAGCGCUAGUGGGAAACUACGUGCUGUGGCCCGCGGCUCAGCUCAUCAACUUUGGUCUUGUGCCGCUCAUAUAUCGCGUGCCGUUUUCUAGCGUUGUCAGCGUGUUCUGGAACACGUAUUUGAGCUGGGUCAACAGCAAGAAUACCACUGCGGAGCCGCCCAUUUGA